GCGGCGGCGGGCGCGCCGAGGCUGCCGCCCAGCGCCCCGGCCGUGGCCAUGCCCGGGCCCUAGCGCGCCUGCCGCAGCCCGCGCCCCGCGCCCGCCAACUCCGCAGCCCCGCAGCCCCGCGCCCGCUGUCGCCUCUUCAAUGGGCAACCUGCUCGGCGGGGUCAGCUUCCGCGAGCCCACCACCGUGGAGGACUGCGACUCCACCUGGCAGACGGACUCGGAGCCCGAGCCCGAGCCCGAGGAGCCGGGGCCGGGCGGCGGAGGCGAGGCCCCGGGGCAGGAGCCCGAGCAGCCGGCGCAGCCCCCGGAGCGGGCCGGCGGGCGGCCCCGCGCCAGCCCCGCGCCGGAUGAGAACGCUGAGGCAGCGGGCGCCGAGCAGGGUAGUGAUUCCACUGAAGCAACUGCCAAACCAAAGAGAAGUUUUUAUGCUGCGAGAGAUUUGUACAAAUACCGACACCAGUACCCAAACUUCAAAGAUAUCCGAUAUCAAAAUGACUUGAGCAAUCUUCGUUUUUAUAAGAAUAAAAUUCCAUUUAAGCCAGAUGGUGUUUACAUUGAAGAAGUUCUAAAUAAGUGGAAAGGAGAUUAUGAAAAGCUGGAACACAAUCACACUUACAUUCAAUGGCUUUUCCCCCUGAGAGAACAAGGCUUGAACUUUUAUGCUAAAGAACUAACUACAUAUGAAAUUGAGGAAUUCAAAAAAACAAAAGAAGCAAUUAGAAGAUUCCUCCUGGCUUACAAAAUGAUGUUAGAAUUUUUUGGAAUAAAACUGAUGGAUAAAACUGGAAAUGUUGCUCGGGCUGUUAACUGGCAGGAAAGGUUUCAGCAUCUGAAUGAGUCCCAGCACAAUUAUUUAAGAAUCACCCGUAUUCUUAAAAGCCUCGGUGAGCUUGGAUACGAAAGUUUUAAAUCUCCUCUUGUAAAAUUUAUUCUCCAUGAAGCUCUUGUGGAAAAUACUAUUCCCAAUAUCAAACAGAGCGCUCUGGAGUAUUUUGUUUAUACAAUUAGAGACAGAAGAGAAAGGAGAAAGCUCCUACGGUUUGCCCAGAAACAUUACACGCCUUCAGAGAAUUUUAUCUGGGGACCGCCGAGGAAAGACGAGUCGGAAGGAAGCAAGGCCCAGAAAAUGCCUGCCCCUCCUGCCUCCGGUCAGAACAGUCAAACUUCUACGCACAAAAAAUCCAAGGACUCCAAAAAUUCCUCCUUAGCUGUUCAUAUAAAUAGCAAAUCAGCUGAAGAAAAAAAAGGGGCACCUGGAGAGCCGGAAGUGUCAGACAGGCCAAGCACAGAGCCCAGCAGUGAUGCUGCCAGGCCAAGGAACACAGAGGAUGGUGAUGCUGAAAAUUCAAAUUCUCAAUCAGAAAAAGCAAUUAGUAAUCCCGCAGAGAAAAAGGAGAGUGCAUCUCCUCCUGAAAGAGAUGAAGAAGGUGAAAGUCAUAACAAAGACUGUGACAAUCCUGGACAUACAGGUUCCCAUGAUGAUACACUGUUACAGUGAAUUAUCAGAAACCCACAAACCAAUUUAGGUAAGGGAGGAAAAAAACUACUGUACAGUUUAUCCUAAAGAACAGAGGUCACAUUUGAAAUUUCAGCCAUUUGUGAUUUCUGUUGUAAGCAUUUUGUUGUUUUUAAUUUGGGGUGAUAAUGAAUUUAAUAAGGUGUUGUAAGACAAGACCCAAUAAAUCAAUGUAUUCUG